UACGAGGCGGUGGUUGCUCACGCGCGACGAAUUAAGGGACUUUGGUAGGAGAUGUUAUUGUGCGCUCCGACGGUGAAGCUGUUAGUCUUCCAGCAACGGCGCACUUUCACCUCUUCUUUAGCAAAGCGUUUCAGCUUCAAUGCACAAUCACUCACAGAGUCUCAAGCUCAGGCUGCUUUGGAUAAGGAGUGCAUUGACUUCUUACCUUGGUUAGAGCAAGUUGCUGGAGCCAAGAUAACUAACACUCUUUCCAUUGGUAAAUCCCCCCAUGGAAGGGCCUUGUUUGCCUCAAAAGUAAUCCAUGCUGGGGACUGCAUUCUGAAAGUCCCUUUUAAUGCGCAAAUAACUCCGGAUGAGCUUCCAACUGAUAUUAGCGUUUCAUUGACUGAUGAAGUUGGAAACAUAGGAAAGCUUGCUGCUCUUCUUAUGAUCGAGAUAAACGCUGGUCAAAACUCUCGAUGGUUCCCUUAUAUCAGCCGACUUCCUCAGCUUUCAGAUAUGCACAGCACGAUCUUCUGGGAUGAAAAUGAGUUCAGCAUGAUUCGUUGUAGCGCAGUUCACAAGGAAACUGUAAAACAAAAAGCUCGGAUAGAAAAGGAAUUCUCACUUGUAUCACAAGCAUUCAAGGAACAUCUUCCCAAAGCCAUUGAACGCCCAGCUCUGGAAAAUUUCAUGUAUGCAUACACAUUAGUGGGAUCACGUGCGUGGGAAACCUCGAGAGGCAUAUCACUGAUUCCGUUUGCAGAUUUCAUGAACCAUGAUGGACUUUCUGCAUCGAUCGUUUUGACUGAUGAAGACAACCAACUAUCUGAGGUCACUGCAGAUCGUGACUACAGUCCUGGUGACGAGGUUCUCAUUAGGUAUGGAGAAUUCUCAAAUGCUACACUCAUGCUGGAUUUUGGAUUUACACUUCCUUACAACACUCAUGACGAGGUUCAAAUCCAAAUGGAUAUACCAAAUGAUGACCCUCUUCGGAACAUGAAGCUGGGACUUCUCCAAACCCAUUACACAAGAAGUGUCAAAGAUAUCAAUAUCUUUCACUCUUCUUAUGAUACUUUCACAAUCAAGGAAGUGAAAUCAGCUACAGGGAAAGGAAUUCCUCAGUCACUCCGAGCAUUUGCACGUCUUCUCUCUUGUACCUCUCCUCAAGAGCUAAAUGAUUUGUCAAAAGAAGCUGAACAAAACGAUGGCCGGCUAGCUCGGCUUCCCUUUAAAGACAGGAGCAGAGAGUUGGAGGCUCAUAAGAUCAUCUUGGCUCAUAUCAACAGAUUAAUUGAGGAUCAUAAUGUUUGCAUCAAGGAACUAGAAGCAUCUGAUUGCCAUUUUGAAUCACAAAGGUUUACGGUUAGAAGGCAGAUGGCAAGAGAUCUUCUCUUCGGUGAGCUUCGUGGUCUGAGGUCUGCAGCUGAAUGGCUUAAUCAUUAUUGCGCAAACUUGUUUUCAGCACCUUAAAUGAGACUCAAGUGACUAUGGAGCCAGAUCCUAAAGAUCAAGAGUUUAAGUAUAACGAUAAGCCUUUGUAUGAAAAUAUCAAAUGAAAUAGUAUAUGUAUAAACAUGAGGAUG